AUGGGUGCCCCAACUCCAAGAUGUAUCAUUGUUAGACAUGGCCAAACAGAAUGGUCCAAAUCCGGUCAAUAUACUGGUUCUACGGAUAUUCCAUUGACACCAUUCGGUGAAAGACAAAUGGUUAGAACUGGUGAAUCAAUUUUCAGUAACAAUCGAUUCAUUGAUCCUAACCAUAUCACUUAUAUUUUUACUUCCCCAAGAACUCGUGCUAGACAAACCAUUGAUUUGGUCUUGAGACCAUUGACUGAUGAACAACGUUCCAAGAUUAAAGUCGUUGUGGAUGAAGAUAUUAGAGAAUGGGAGUAUGGUGAUUAUGAAGGUUUAUUGACUCCUGAAAUUGUUGAAUUGAGGAAAUCAAGAGGAUUAGAUCAAGAAAGAUCAUGGAAUAUUUGGAGAGAUGGUUGUGAAAAUGGUGAAACUACUCAAGAAUUUGGAUUAAGAUUAUCUAGAGCUAUUGCUAGAAUUCAAAACUUACAUAGAAAGCAUAUGGAAGAAGGUAUUCCAUCUGAUAUCAUGGUUUUCGCUCAUGGCCAUGCUUUACGUUAUUUUGCUGCGCUUUGGUUUAAAUUAGGUGUGGAAAAGAAAUGUGAAGCUGAUUGGGAAUUGAAAGAUGUUGAAUCUUAUCACGAUGAAUCUGUCCCAUAUGUUAAAUUGGAUAAAUAUAGACAUUUAAUUGAUAAUCCAAAUUUCUUAUUGGAUGCCGGUGGGAUUGGUGUUUUGUCAUAUUCUCAUCAUUGUAUUGAUGAACCCGCUUUAGCUCUUGCUGGUGCAUUUAUCCCACCACCAGAAGAAGAAUCUCAACAUGCCAAAGUCUAA